UCCAUAAUUUUGGUUCUUCUCCAUUUCUGAUUUUUCAUAAAUCAAGGAACACCAUUCACAAAAUUCCAAAGCCAAAAAAUGUUCAGAUCGGUGAGCACCAGCAGAGUUUCCGAUGACAGUUACUACAGUAUCAACAAUCAAUCACCGACGUCAAAGGCAGUAUCACCGGCGCUCAGAGCAUUAGCUUUGGAAGCCAACGAAUUGCCGCAGUACGAACCUUCGCCCUCCUCUACAACGUCUAAGAAGGAUAGAUUUGGGCGUGUUCGAUUCUCGGAAAAAGUUGUUCAUCUUAUCCCUCUCGUUCUCCUCUUUUGUGCUCUCGUUCUCUGGUUCUUUUCAAAUCCAGACAUUAACAUGCCGAUCAAAAAUGAACUAAUUGCUGCAAGAAUUAAAGGAGGACCCAAACGUCAUGCCGAUAAAUCUGCUACGACUCGAUUAGAAAAUCCACAUUCAGACAUGGUUGAUCUUCGAAUAUCUACGCACAAAGGCGGUCACAAGCUCGACACAAGUUUAGGAAACUAGCUGCUUGCUCAAAAUUCCCCCAUUUUUUGACUUAUCAUUACUCAAAUUCAGUUAUUUGUUGUUAACGCCUUCCUUUUCUUACUUCAAUUGUAAGGUGAUGUUUUUCUCUAA